UUCCGGCCCCCUUCAAACCGCCACCCAAAUCCAGCGACGCCGAUAACCGCCACGCCUGGUUCGAAUCCCUCGCGGACUUAACGGUCGAAUCGCCACACUUCGGAGCCUGGUCUUUGAUCCCCUGCAUCGCCCUCAGAGCUGCCUGGUGCACCACUCUGCUCGCGUACCUCAAGCUCAUAACCCAGAUCACAAAUAUUUCAGUAGAUCAAAAGGGCUGUAGUUGCAAAUCAAAUUAACAGGGAGAUCAAUAAUUUACUUGCAUUUAUAGAGAGAGAAAGUAGAAGAUGAAUCCCGGGUUUUGGAAAUCUGUGGUUUGUUGACCGCUAAGAUUUGGCCAGCAAACGGCUGCGAUGUCCCUAUCACAGCGGACUUUGCGAUGGAAAAUUGGGGGUCGCUGGGCCUGAUUCGUUGUGCGACGGACACGUGUCUGUGGAUGAGCCCAAAUGUUUUGGAUAAGGACAAGAAUAUCUACGUAGGAUUAUCGCAUGUUUGUCUUCCGGAUCUUACCAAACUUUGUUGUCUCAUAAUUGGGCUGGGCUGCAUAACAUAAGAUUUUGGGCCUAUGAAAUUUCAGCUCGGCCCAAUAUUUUUUACAAAAACAGAACUUACAAGGCCCAAUUUCUAGCCCACUGUCUCAAUGCAGUCUCCACCAACGAGUUUUCAACGACUCAUUUACAGCCGGCCGUUAAAAUUCGCCAUGAUUUUUGUGCAGUCAGCCCGCCAUUUUUCGACCGUCCGAUUCACUCGGCCCGAUUCGGCACUUCGCCGGCGGCGCUUCCGCGUGAGGUCGAGUUUGCCGUUCGGAACCGAAAAGGCCAACUACUAUCGAGAGCUGGAAGCUGCCGUCGAUGCCGUGGAGAGAGCUUGCGCGCUCUGCGUUGACAUCCAGUCGUCGGUGCUUCAACGGCGGGUCGUUGAAAAGACCGACCAGACUCCGGUGACGGUGGCGGAUUUUGGAGUCCAGGCUCUCGUCAGUUUGGAACUUGGGAAACGAUUCCCUUUGAUUCCAUUCGUGGCGGAAGAGGACUCGGCGUUUGUUCGUUCGAAAAAACUGGUGGAGCCAGUGCUCAAUGCGGUGCUUGACAAAUCUAGUUGUGGAGAGAACCCAUGGACGGCUGAUGAAGUAUUGGAAGCCAUUGACAGAGGUGGUCCGGAGGGUUUUGCUUUCGGAGCUCAGCCCGCCACUUAUUGGGUACUUGACCCCAUUGAUGGCACAAAAGGAUUCGUGAAGGGAAAUCCGGCGUUAUAUGUGGUUGGCUUGGCACUUGUUGUUGACGGGGAGCUUGUGUUGGGUGUCAUGGGGUGCCCAAACUGGAAGAAUGAUAUAUCCAACAAAUCCACCUCUGAAGUACAGGAAGAAAAUAUCACUCCACCUGGAUCAGGGAUUAUUAUGGUUGCUCAUACAGGCUGUGGAACAUGGACAAAACGUUUAUCAUCUGUACUAAAUUCCACAGCCAAAAUGCCUUAUUCUUGGACUCAAUGCUUUGUUGAUGGGUCUUGUAUUGUGGAAGAGGCACGAUUUUCUAUCCCAGAUAGUGAUGUAUGGGAGUCAUUUCCGCUAUCAUCUUUAUUCAGAUCAACUAAUGCUGACAGCAUUGACGAGGGAGAAAUUCUUCUUGUAAAAUCUUGUUGUGGAAGUUUAUCCAAGUAUAUGAUGGUGGCUUCGGGCGUGGUAUCUCUUCAUAUGCAGCGUAUGAAAGUUCACAGAGUUACCAAGGCUUGGGAUCACGUUGUUGGUAUUAUAUGUGUGCACGAAGCAGGGGGAAAGGUGACUGACUGGAAGGGAGAUGAACUUAAUCUAGCAGCAGAUGAAGUUGGACGGAGGAAUAUAUACCCUUCCGGUGGAAUCAUUGCUUCUAAUGGCACCUUGCAUAACCGGCUUUUAGAGAUGAUGUCUUCCAGUUCGUCAACUGUUUCCCGGUGAUCAUUAUUUCACCGUCGGUAUUUCUUUGUUGUUUCAAUAUACGUUUGUAAUAAUUUGUUUAAAAAAUGGGAAUGAAAAUCAUUCUUUGGAAUUUCAUAUGAUAUAUUGAUUCUUCAUACACAUUGUAUGGGAUACCAGAUUCUUAACGAGGCAAUGUAAUAACCAAACUUUGACUGAA